AGGUCGUGGUGUUGGACCUCCUCGAGGGGCUUUGGUUCGUGGAACCCCAGUGAGAGGCUCUAUCACCAGAGGUGCCACUGUGACUCGAGGAGUGCCACCCCCACCUACUGUGAGGGGUGCUCCUACACCAAGAGCUCGGACAGCAGGCAUCCAGAGAAUACCUUUGCCUCCACCACCUGCACCAGAAACAUAUGAAGAUUACGGAUAUGAUGAUACAUAUGCAGAGCAGAGUUAUGAAGGAUAUGAAGGCUAUUAUAGCCAGAGCCAAGGGGAGUCAGAAUAUUAUGACUAUGGACAUGGGGAGGUUCAAGAUUCUUAUGAAGCCUAUGGACAAGAUGACUGGAAUGGGACCAGGCCAUCACUGAAGGCCCCCCCAGCUAGGCCAGUGAAGGGAGCAUACAGAGAGCACCCAUAUGGACGUUAUUAAAAAAAACAGGAGGGGAAAAUAUCAGUUAUGAGCAAAGUUGUUACUGAUUUCUUGUAUCCCAGGAUUCCUGUUGCUUUACCCACAACAGACAAGUAAUUGUCUAAGUGUUUUUCUUCGUGGUCCCUUUCUUUUCCCCACCUUCCUCCAUUCUUAACUCUGCAUUCUGGCUUCUGUAUGUAGUAUUUUAAAAUGAGUUAAAAUAGAUUUAGGAAUAUUGAAUUAAUUUUUUAAGUGUGUAGAUGCUUUUUUCUUUGUUGUUUAAAUAUAAACAGUGUACCUUUUAUAAUAAAAAAAAGUUGAGUAAAAAAAAAAACCACAAACAUGUUAGUUUCAAAAGUGGCAUUGCUUGCUUAAAGGUUCUGAAGUAAAGGCUUGUUAACUUUUUCUUAGUUUUGAUUUGAGGCACCCCGUAAAGUCAUAGUUGCAGAAUCCCAAACUAGGCUACAUUUCAAAAUUCAGGGCUGCUUAAGAUGUAAAAUCACAAUGUUAACGGCGGUAGGUGCCACCAUGCAAAAGUGAGCUCAGUCUGUCUCUAAAAACAUCUCCUUAAAAGCACAUGGCGGUUGAAUCUUAAGCUUAAAUUUUAAUAUGAAAGAUCCUCACGAAUUAAAUAGUUGAUGCAAUUUUUAACGUUAAUUGACUUAAAACAACAGCAAAAUUAGGUUUGUAAAACUGACUUUUUCAUUAUGUGGGUUUUGAAAUCUAGCCCCAGACAUACAGUGUUGAGAGAUACUUAGUAGGGGUGGGGUAGGGUUUGAAUAAGAUUGUCCAGGGAGAGAAGCUGGCCACCUAAAUGGAAUCUGAUGGAGUACUUUUUAGCUGCAAUCUUUUCAGUAAUAGUACUAAUAAUCAAAUUUUCAGUAUUGAAAAUGUUAUAGUAUUUUGUCCAUCUGAGAUUCUGCACUCCAUGAAAAACUCACUUGGACACUGGGGCCAAAAGCUGAUGAUGUUCAUUAAACUGACCAUUGUCAAUUUUGGGUCAAGUAUGUCUCAACACUAGCAUGAUAUAAAAAGGGACACUGCAGCUGAAUGAAAAAGGAAUCAAAAUCCACUUUGUACAUAAGUUAAAGUCCUAAUGGAUUUGUACCGUCCUCCCAUUUUGUUCUCGGAAGAUUAAAUGCUACAUGUGUAAGUCUGCCUAAAUAGGUAGCUUAAACUUAUGUCAAAAUGUCUGCAGCAGUUUGUCAAUAAAGUUUAGUCCUUUUUUAAUCAAAGUAAA